AUGUCCGAAACAGCAAAAACCGACUUUGUGCAAAAUGCUGCCAUAACCGCUAUAACAGCUAGUCCUAGACGUGACUUGACAAUCAACAAGAUGGCCAGUCGAAGAGCAAUAAGCCUACUAUGGACUCCAUGUCUCGCACAAAGGAAUACACUAGCCAUGCGUCCAUUAUCUGUCGCAUUCUCACAACAGAGGUUUAUGGCCACUCGCAAAUACACACCCGACCAUGAAUGGGUGACUAUAUCUGGAGAUGUCGCGACUGUUGGAAUCACCGAUUACGCUCAAAAGGCCCUGGGCGAUGUCGUAUACUGUGAAUUACCGGGUGUCGGCAAAGUAUACGCUGAAAAAGACCAAAUGGGCGCUGUAGAAUCAGUAAAAGCAGCAUCCGACAUUUACGCUCCCGUAUCUGGAACUGUCGUCGAAGCAAACAAGGCAUUGGAAAAGGAACCUACGUUACUCAACAAUUCGCCUUAUGAAGAAGGCUGGAUUGCAAAGAUAAAAAUCAGCAAACCAAGUGAAUUUGAUUCCCUCAUGGAUGAAAAGGCAUAUACUGCUCAUUGUGAUGAGGCCCACUAG